AUGUGGUCUCUUAAUUGGGACACAGCCAACGUGUCUGAGGAAGCAGCGGAAGGAGGAUUUUUAACCUUUACUGGUUUUAUCUCUUUUUGUCCUGCGUCUUUAGCUAUGAUUCAAAGCGCAGAUCCUGCCAGCCAGAUCCUUUUGAAAGAAGUUGAAGUUGGUGGAAAUGUUACUUUGCAGUGUUCGGUUACAGAGAAGGAAGGAAAAUUUGUUCAUUGGUUUAAGCAGUCUCCUGGAUAUAUGAUCCAGACAGUUGCUACGGGAUCUUACACAAAACAAACAGUGAGCGAAGAAUUUAACAACGGUCGUUUCACAGUAUCAGAGGGGCAGGCUCUGUAUUUUCUUACAAUAAGAAACGUCCAUCAAGAAGAUGAAGCAACAUAUUUCUGUCAGUAUGGAUCAGCUUAUUCACAGACCUUUAAUACAAGCGUCUACUUGGCUGUAAAUGGUCACAGUGAGCAGAAAUCAGUCAAUGUGAAACAAACUCCGGAGGCAGUGUCAGUCCACCCAGGCAGCUCCGUGACUCUCCAGUGUUCACUUUUCUCCAAUAACAAAGAGAACAUAAGCAAGUGCCCAGAUGAACACAGAGUGUACUGGUUCAGAGCAGGAUCAGGACAAUCCCAUGCUACCAUUAUUUACACUCACAGAAGCUGCAGUCAAAAGCAAGAGGGAAGGCGUUGUGUCCACAGUCUGUCCAAAACUGUUCAGAGCUCCUCUGAUGCUGCGAUCUACUACUGUGCAGUGGUCUCAUGUGGAGAGAUCGUGUUUGGUGAAGGAACUCAAGUGGAGACAAGACAAAAAUGGGACCCUGUUAUCAUUGUACUUGGGACGCUGUUGGCUCUCUGUGUAAUUGUUAUUGCAGUCCUUAUUCUAUCAAGAGAUUGA